AUGGCUAAGGUGUAUGACAGGGUCUCAUGGAAAUAUUUGUUACAUGUUCUAAGGAAUAUGAGAUUCUCAGAACACUUCAUCAACAUGGUGUGGAAUUUGGUGUCAAAUAAUUGGUAUUCAGUAUUGGUUAAUGGGCAUUCCUCAGGGUUCUUCAAGUCUACAAGGUGUGUGAAGCAAGGGGAUCCACUAUCUUUAGCCUUGUUCAUACUAUCAGCUGAGGUGCUAUCUAGAUCAUUGAACAAGCUCUUUGAAGAUAAAUCUUUUGUUGGAUUUGGGAUGCCAAAGUGGUCUGAUCCUUUGAAUCACUUAGCUUAUGUUGAUGAUACCAUAAUUUUCGCUUCUGCUCAUCCUCCAUCAUUGAGCAAGAUUAUGGCAGUGUUGGAAAACUAUGAGAAGAUAUCGGGUCAAAUGAUCAAUAAAGCUAAGAGCUCCUACUAUAUGUACUCUAAAGUGGCACAUGAUUAUUUCAGGCAGUAG